AUGAUGCUGCUGCACAUGAACGCGGACUACCAUCAUGUGCUGGGCAACUGCGAGGAAGCCUGGGUUGCGUGGACAAGUCUGAAGACGCUGUACGGUGGGUCGCAGAAGGCAGGACGCAUCUACCUCAAGCGACAACUUUUCAGUAUCAAGAUGGCUGAAGGCGCGAACGUCAUGCAUCACUGCAACGAGGUCCUCAACAUCUCCGCCAAGCUUAGCGGCAUCGGUGCGAAGAUGGAAGACGAAGACGUUGCAAUUUGUCUGCUACUCAGUCUUCCGAAGAGCUACGAAAAUGUGGUGCUCAACAUGGAAAUGAGCAGCACCGAGCUUCGCACUCAAGAUGUGGUGAGAGUCCUGACGAAUAAGCAUGCCAAGCGUCAAGGAGAAAAAGGGACAACGACAGCGACUACGGUGAAGGCUGAAGAUGCAAGCAAGGCAUUCAGCGCCGAGCGUGAGUGUUGCAUUGUAGAUCGGAGCGAGGAAAGCGGAGCAAACGGAGCGGAGAGACCGAAGAGAGUAGAGCAGAAAACACUUGCCCAAUAG